GUAAUGUUUAACCGAUUUUCUAGAUUUCUUUGGAUUUAGUUGCUAAACAGUAUUUACACUGCAUUUUAAAAAUGUUAAGACAAUCUUUUUUACCGAUUUUUAUUUUUAUUUUAAUGAAUUACUCAUGCAAAUGUCAGGACUUAGAAGUUUGUGGCUCCUAUACUCAACCAACAAAUGGCACCAUUAAUGGCGAUAGUAGAUACAACUAAUAUCAGUUCACAUAUCGUCCGGUCAAUAGAAAAGCCAUUGCGGCAGAUGAUCAACGCCACAAUAGAAUGUAAAGUUAACGAAAAGCUGAAAGAAGAUAUAGUGUCGAGUAAAAUUUUGGGAAAAGUUAACAAGUUUGACGCCUUACAACAAAAGAUGGACGAACAUAUUGGAGAUAACCGGAACCAGAUGACUGAAGUUAACCAGGACAUUGCUACUUUGCGGAAAGAAAUGGAAGAGAGAAUUACCCGUGAAAUCCUAGACAAAGUGAAUAAAUUGACAAGAGCUAUCAGUAAUGUGAACACAAAUCAGGAUGAAAAGAUGAAGAAGUUAGCCAACAAUAUGGACGGCGUGAAAUUGGAGUUACAAAAAAAGAUUGAGGAACAUAUGGGAGAUGACCGGAACCAAAUGACCGGAGUAAAACAGGACAUUAUGUCAUUACGAAAGGAAAUGGAAGAGAGAAUCUUACGUGAAAUCCGUGACAAAUUGCAGAAUUUAACUAGAAAUUUCAGUAUCGAGAAAAAAGAUCUGGAUGAAAAGGUGAAGAAGUUAACCAACGCGGUUGACGUCAUGCAGUCUGAUUUAAAAGAAACCAUAGUGUCGGUGGAUAGUCAGUAAUGUAUCAAAUUUAGCAGAUAAACUGGAAAAUCAUUUGAGCAGUUUGAAAAUGCUCCGUUCAAAUUUACUAGAAUUGACUGUAAACACAAGUACAAUUCAAACUGCAAUCGGUAACAUUAAGACUUCCGCUGAAAUUAAUAACGGAAGGUUAAGUGUUCAAAUUUCAAAGCUGGAAGAUUUCAAAGCAACAGUCAAUGAUAUGAAUUUACGAGUUGCCCUUUCAGCAUGCGUUUCACCUAGUUAUACUGCUGUAAAAUCAACUGUUAUUAAAUUCCAGAAGAUCAUAACAAGCCAAGGAAUCACCUACCAACAUGUAACAUCAUUUAAAUCUAGUGGUGUAUUUGUGUGUGAAGUUCCUGGUCUGUACUAUAUAUCUGUCGUCAUUAUAUCGAAAACACAUGAUGCACAAUUCAUAAUAUCUAAAAAUGAUAUAGAACUAAUGAGGGGUUAUAUCAAUGAUUAUAAUACAGGAAAAGGAGUGUAUUGGCAAUCAAGUGCUGCAAUUGUGGUGACUGAAUUACAGAAAGCUGACCGUAUCGAAAUUAAACCAUCAGAUAAAGACAUGAUGAUAGCCGGCUAUAAUUAUUCGUGUCUUACAAUAGUGAAAGUGAAAUAAUGUGUAUAAUUGUUUCAA